GCUCGUGCAAAUCGUAGGAAAUGACCAGGACCAUGUGCAUCCCGCUACUGCUGCUGGCCAUCGGGCUCUCCUCCAUUUCAUCCAUCGAUGCACUGACCCAACCGGAGGCCAUGAUAAUAAAUGGCACCACGGUGGACAUAGCCCGUCAUCCGUAUCUGGUCUCCCUUCGGUAUCGCCGGGAUGAGGAGUCGAGCUACAAGCACGAGUGUGCCGGAGUCAUCAUCUCGGAGCAGGCUCUGCUCACCAGUGCCCAGUGCAUUGUUGACUUGCCCGAGGGCACUAAGCUCCUGGCUGUCGCUGGAGCAAAUACUCGCAAUGGAACCGAUGGAUUUAUUUAUCCCGUUGCCAACUGGACCCACCAUCCGGACUACGAUCCCAUCACAGUGGACAACGAUAUCGGGGUCCUACUGCUGGACACUCCCCUGAACCUCACGCACUUUGGAAUCAGCUCAAUUGCCAUCCGUCCGGAGCGUCCGGCAGUGGGUCGUUUGGCCACCGUGGCCGGAUGGGGAUAUCGGGAGGAGUGGGGUCCCUCCAGCUACAAACUGGAGCAGACGGACGUUCCGGUCGUAAGCUUGGAGCAGUGCAUCCAGAUCUAUGGCACGGGUGAGGUCACCGAACGGAUGAUCUGCGCGGGCUUUGUGACCCAGGGCGGCAGUGAUGCCUGCCAAGGGGACACCGGUGGACCCCUGGUCAUCGAUGACCAGCUGGUGGGUCUGGUGUCCUGGGGUCGCGGCUGCGCCCGACCCAACUACCCCACCGUCUACUGUUACGUGGCCAGUUUUGUGGAUUGGAUCGAGGAGACCAUAGCCGCUGCCGGAGCGCAAUAAACACUGGCAUUUUCACGACAAUCGGUACGCUAUCUUCAAGUGGCUACCGCCCGGAUAGAGCUACCUAAUUCAAUAAAAAUACCUUAA